AUGCGCGCAGGCCGAGUCGAGUGCCUUGGGCUCAUGGCAGCGGCGGCGAUGGCAGGGGAAGUACAAAUAGCCACCUCGCUGGGAGCAUUCCUCAGCGCUGCCUCUCAGCCUUCUUGCAUUCGCCUCCCUCCUUUGCAUUCGCCGUGCAUUCAACUUGACGUUGAAACGAGCGGCGGAGGCGGAAGUGGCGCGUCAAGCGGCGGGCAGGGCGGGUUUGGCUCGCAAGGAGGUGGCGGGAUGAGCGGGCAACCAGGUAAUGCGGGCGGAGGGGGGAUGGGUGGGGGAGGUAUGGGUGGAGGCGGCAUGGGCGGGGGGAGCAUGGGCGGAGGAAACAUGGGCGUCGGAGGAGGCAUGGGCGGAGGAAGAAUGGGCGGAGGAGGCAUGGGCGGAGGAAGCAUGGGCGGAGGAAACAUGGGCGGGGGAGGCAUAGGCGGAGGAGGCAUGGGCGGAGGAAGCAUGGGCGGAGGAGGCAUGGGCGGCGGAAGCAUGGGCGGAGGAGGCAUGGGCGGAGGAAAUAUGGGCGGGGGAGGCAUAGGCGGAGGAAGCAUGGGCGGAGGGGGGAUGGGCGGGGGAGGAGGCAUGGGCGGAGGAAACAUGGGCGGAGGAUACAUGGGCGGAGGAGGCAUGGGCGGAGGAGGCAUGGGCAGAGGAAGCAUGGGCGGAGGAUACAUGGGCGGGGGAGGCAUGGGCGGCGGAAGCAUGGGCGGAGGAGGCAUGGGCGGAGGAAAUAUGGGCGGGGGAGGCAUGGGCGCGGGAGGCAUAGGCGGAGGUAGCAUGGGCGGAGGGGGAAUGGGCGGCGGAGGAGGCAUGGGUGGCGGAGGCAUGGGCGGCGGAGGCAUGGGCGGCGGAGGCACGGGCAGCGGAGGCAUGGGCAGCGGAGGAGGCAUGGGGGGUGGCAGUGGGUCAUCAGGUGGGAGUGCGUGUGGCAACAGCAGCAGCAGCAGGAGCGCCAAGCUCACGAGCAGCAAUGGCAAGAGGGUGAUGGCGAGCAACGGGUGUCCGGGGUACGCAUGGUGGGUGCAGGCCACGCUGUACUCGCCAGAGCAGCAGGCGCUGUCUUUCGCCGUGCCGCUCGCCCCCACGCUCGCCUCCUCCGCCAUCCCCGUCGCCCUCAACGGUGUCUGCAUGAUGGGCCCCAUCGGCUUUGCCCUCAAUGGCAUGCCCUUCUACAGUGCGUGUGACGCCCUGGGUCGGGACGCCUUGCAGUACGAGGGCGCCACGUUUGAUGCGUGUGGGGGGCACCCCACGCCCUCGGGCCAGUACCACUACCACGUCGCUCCCGGCGUCGCCAACCCCUCUGCCAUCUCCUCCUCUCGCUCCACCGCCUUCAACCUCUGCAACGCGUCCUUCUGGCAGGACGCCCCCACCCAGCACUCCCCCUUGCUGGGAUUCCUGGCGGACGGCAUUCCGCUGUUCGGCCCGCGGGGAGCGGGGGGAGCGCUGCCGGCAGGGGUGGACGAGUGUGGGGGGCACGUGGGCGACGGCAGCAGUGGCGAGCCUGUGUUCUACCAUUACCACGCCAGCACCACCGCGCCCUACACCGUCGCCUGCUUCAGGGGCUGCGUCUCCUCCUCUGACUGGGGCACCCUCGCCUCUGCCUCCUGCACCAAGGCCUCCAAGCAAUACGACUACUCAUCCCUGGCAGCAGUGCAGGCAUCGCUAUUCGCAUGGCUGCUGAUCGCGUCGUCUCUCACGUGCCUCUUUUUCUUCUCCGGCUUUAAUCGCCUCCACCUGCGCGUCCGCUCCGCCACCUCCGCCGCCUCCUCCCGCGCCACCCCCGCGCCGCUGCCUCCGCUCACCCGCGAGGAGUAUUGCGCGUCCCCGCCCGCUGCGCGGAGCGCCUCGCGCGGAGAAGCUCCGGAGUCGGUGCUUCGUGGGUGGUCGGAGGGGAGCAGCGCCGACGGGCCUGCGCGGCUCCGGGGAAACUCCCCGAGGGGUGCGCCAUCGAGCAGAGCGAUGGACGCCGUUGGGGGGAUGGGAGAACGGCAACAAGGGAAGGCCCCGAUCUGCUCAAAGUGCAGAACGCUCCAGUCCGUCCUCGAGGCGGCCGUGCAGUCCGCUAUUAGCGCUGCUGCCGCCACCAACGGCGCUUCUGCAGGCGGCGGGGGCGGCAUGACCAUCGCCGACGACAUGGCGGCGGCGGGCGAGGAGUUCGCGGAGGACGCGGAGUCGGCGUCGCCCGCGCAGCUGCUGGCGCGCGCCGCGCGACGGUCCGUGAUCGUGGUGUCGUUCAACGAGGCGUGGGCGCCCAUGAUGCGCUUCUUCCUCGCGCGCCUGCGCGCCGUCGAGCGCGCGGAGCGGAGCGCGCGCGAGCAGAGGAAGGCGGAGGGGGAGCGAAGGGGAGGAGAGGAGGGGAGGGGCGGAGUUAAUAUCCGGACGCGCGCAGGGGUUGAAGGGAUGGAGAGGGAAAGCGAGCGGAGGACAGCGGAGAGGUAUCAGACCGCGGGAGAUGGAGACGGGGAGGGGGAGGCGGGGGCGGAAGAGGGCGCGUAUAGCUCUGCGCUGGGUGAGCUGGUGGCGCGGCUGGUGGUGGUGGCGUACGACGACGCGAGCUUCGAGGCGUGCUGCGCGAUGGGGCUCAACUGCUACAUGGACUGGCAGGAGGACGCUCCUCACAGAGAGGACCUGGGCGGCGGACAGAAACACUUCAUGACGCGCGCUUAUAUACACCUGGUGUGGCGCAAGGUGGCGGUGGUGACAAGCAUGCUGGCGCUGGGCUACGACGUGCUCUUCACGGACUCCGACAUCCUCUGGCUGCGCAACCCUCUGCCGCUGCUCUGGCGCCGCCCACACGACCUGCAGAUGUCGGCUGACUGGUGGUCGCCCAACCCGCGCUCCGUGGUGGCCAACGGCGGGUUCUAUGCCGCCCGGGCCAACACGCGCACUCUGCGCUUCUUUCAAGACUGGCUCGCAUGGCACAGGAGGUGCCCGCAGUUCCGCAUACAGCAGGUGUUCAACUGGAUCCGCCCCGAGGCCAACCCCUUCACGCGCGUGGCCUCGCCGCUGCUGUUGCGCUACCUGCACACCAACCAGUUCGGGGGCUUCUGUGAGAUGGGCCACUCGCUCUCCUCGCUGCUCACCGUGCACGCCAACUGCUGCCCGGGGCUCGGGAACAAGCUGCCCGUGCUCAAGCAGCUCGCGGCUGACUGGGACUUCUUUUCGGCGCUGCCCGUGGCUGCCCGGGAGGGGUUGGAGGAGCGGGGUUUUGAGUGGAAGGGGCGGAACUGCUCAACGAACUGGAACACGCUGCCCCGCGACACCCCCGUGGAAUCUUCUUAA